UUAAUCUCCAUCAAGCUCCGAGUAGUGAAAAAAUAACGCAGAAAACACCCAAUUCUAAAAAAGAAAAAAGGAAAAAGAAAAAAACAAUUAAAAAAAAAGAAGCCAUAGAUCUGAUCCCCUCUCUUUAGGUUUCUCUUCUCUCGAUCUCCCAUGGCGUGCAUCAAGAGCGCCGCGCGAUCGGCCCUAGUGUCCUUCGCCCCCGAUGCUCCCUACCUCGCCGCCGGCACGAUGGACGGCGCCGUCGAUCUAUCCUUCAGUUCCAUCGCCAAUCUUGAGAUCUUCAAGCUUGAUUUCCAAUCAGACGCCCAGGAUCUCCCUGUCGCAGGGGCUUGCCCUAGCACUGAGAGAUUCAACCGCCUCUCGUGGUCGAAGCCCGUGCCGGCGUCGGAGGACUACUCGUUAGGUCUCGUUGCUGGCGGAUUGGGCGAUGGGAGUAUUGGUGUUUGGAAUCCUCGUAAAUUGAUCGGAUCAGAAGAUCAGGAGGGUUCUUUUGUGGUUCGACUUCAGAAGCACACAGGCCCGGUUCGGGGUUUGGAAUUCAGCACACUCUCACCUAACCUGCUUGCUUCAGGGGCUGAUGAAGGGGAACUCCGCAUUUGGGAUCUAGCAAAACCUCCAGAGCCAACUUUGUACCCCUCUCUCAAGAGUGCUGGAUCUGGUGCUCAAACCGAAGUUUCGUUUGUGUCGUGGAAUCCAAAAUUUCAGCAUAUAUUAGCGUCUAGUUCUUACAAUGGAAUGACUGUCGUUUGGGAUUUGAAGCAACAGAAACCAGUGACAAGCUUUUCAGAUUCCACCAGAAGGAGUUGCUCUGUUUUGCAAUGGAAUCCUGAUAUGUCCACCCAACUCAUCAUUGCAUCUGAUGAUGACAAUUCACCUUCACUUCGAGUUUGGGAUGUCAGGAAAACAAUAUCUCCACUAAGAGAAUUUGUGGGCCAUACAAAAGGUGUGAUUGCUAUGUCAUGGUGUCCGUAUGACAGUUCACAGUUGCUAACUUGUGCCAAAGAUAAUCGAACUAUUUGCUGGGAUACUGUUGCUGGAGAGAUAGUUUGUGAACUGCCAGCCAGCACCAAUUGGAAUUUUGAUGUUCAUUGGUACCCUAAAAUUCCAGGCGUUAUAUCAGCAUCCUCAUUUGACGUAAAAGUUGGCAUAUACAAUAUCCAGGCUUGUAAUAGAUUGACAGCGGGUGAUGGUGAAUUUGCUUCUCCAGCUCAGUUGAGAGCUCCGAAAUGGUUGAAACGUCCAGUGGGUGCAUCCUUUGGUUUUGGAGGCAAGCUUGUUACUUUUCAACCUAGUCCAUCAGCGCCUGGUGCUCCAUCUAGUAGUUCUGAGGUUUAUGUGCAUAAUUUGGUCACUGAAAAUAGUUUGGUGAGUCGGUCAACAGAAUUUGAAAAUGCAAUCCGAGAUGGUGAAAAGGUGUCAUUGCGAUUGUUAUGUGAGAAAAAAUCUCAGGAUACCCUGUCUGAGGAUGAAAAAGAAACUUGGGGUUUCUUGAAGGUUAUGUUUGAGGAAGAAGGAACAACGAAGACAAAGAUUCUGACUCAUCUUGGUUUCAGUGUGCCAAACCGAGGAAGUGAAAAUGCAAUUGAUGAAGUUGGGAACAAAUUAGCUAAUGGUAUGAAUUUAGAUGACAAGGCUAGUAAACAUACAAAUUUUGAAGCUGUGGAAGGCGAUGCAUUCUUCAUCGACAAUGGGGAAGAUUUCUUUAACAAUCCCCAAUCUUCUAUUGACGACUCUGUUGAUGAAGACAAUGAAGUUCCUAAAGAUAAGCAAAUAAACAAAGAGCCUGAGGAGCAAUUAAAAAUUAAUGAUCCUUCAAUAGAUGGAAGUAUCCAACGUUCUCUGGUAGUUGGGGACUACAAGGGAGCAGUUUCACAGUGCAUGGCAGCAAACAGAAUGGCUGAUGCUCUGGUUAUUGCACAUGUUGGGGGUCCCUCGUUGUGGGAAAGUACUCGUGAUCGAUAUCUUAGUAAUAGUCUCUCACCCUAUCUAAAGGUUGUAUCUGCAAUGGUGACUAAUGAUCUGAUGAGCCUUGUCAAUACUAGGCCGCUUGACUCGUGGAAAGAGACACUUGCUCUGUUGUGUACUUUUGCACAAGAGGAAUGGACAGUUCUAUGUGAUACCCUUGCUGCAAGAUUGAUGACUGUUGGCAACACACUUGCUGCAACUCUCUGUUAUAUCUGUGCUGGAAAUAUUGACAAAACUGUAGAAAUUUGGUCACGCUGCCUGAAAUCUGAGCAUGAUGGAAAAUCCUAUGUUGAUUUACUUCAGGAUUUAAUGGAAAAGACGAUUGUCCUCGCCCUUGCAACAGGACAGAAGCGUUUUAGUGCAUCUCUGUCAAAACUUGUUGAGAACUAUGCUGAACUUCUUGCUAGUCAGGGCCUCCUCACAACAGCAAUGGAGUAUUUGAAACUUUUGGGUUCAGAAGAAUCUUCUCAUGAGUUUGCCAUCCUGCGUGAUCGCAUUGCAGUUUCAGCAGCAGAAAGAGAAGCUGCCCACACUUUGUCUUAUGGGAGCAGUACACAUCAAGCUGAUUUUGUCGACGGUGCUGAGACAUCUAGUUAUGGUAUUGUUAACAGUUCACAACAAUACUAUCAGGACAAAGUACAGCCAUCAGAGAGCAAUCAUGUUCAUUCAUAUGGUGAUGGUUAUCCGGUGUCCAAUACCUAUCAAGGAUAUCAGCCAAUGCAAUUGGGGCAACCACCAAUCGAACACACACCAUACAUACCUACACCACAAUAUCAACCUCAGCAGCCAAUGUUUAUCCCAUCGCAGGUGCCCCAUGUUCAGACAAAUACUCCUGCUCCUCCAGCUCAGGUGCAGCCUAUGGUGAAGCCAUUUGUUCCGGCAGCACCAACUCCUAUUAAAAACGUGGAUCAAUUUCAGCAGCCAAGCUUGAGGUCUCACUUAUAUCCGGGAACAAGCAAUCCCAUUCACCAAUCUGGUCCACCCGCACCUGCUCAUGGCUUUGGGGUACCGCAUCCAGGCUCAAUUCCUGGUCAUAACUUUCCCCAAGCUGUGGUUCCUACAGCAGCACCUCAGGGGUUUAUGCCUGCAAAUCCAGGUUUUGUGCAGAGGCCUGGUUUCAGUCCUGCACAGCCCUCCAGUCCUACUCAGCCAGCACAACCGCGUGCUGUUGUUGCUCCUCCAGCUCCUCCACCAACCGUGCAAACUGUGGAUACUUCAAAUGUGCCUGCUGAGCUAAAGCCCGUAAUAACAACGUUAACGAGACUUUACCAUGAGUCAUCAGAAGCACUCGGUGGUUCACAUGCAAACCCAUCUAAAAAACGGGAAAUUGAGGACAACUCACGGAAAAUUGGGGCACUGUUCGCAAAACUGAAUAGUGGGGAUAUAUCUCCGAAUGCUGCAGCUAAGCUGAGCCAGCUCUGCCAAGCUUUGGACUCCAGGGAUUUUGCUGGAGCCUUGCAUAUCCAGGUGGUCUUGACCACAAGCGAUUGGGAUGAAUGUAACUUCUGGCUGGCAGCACUAAAGCGAAUGAUCAAGACAAGGCAAAAUGUUAGGAUAAAUUAGGACAACCGUCUCUCUCUCUCUCUCUCUCUCUCUCUCUCUCUCUC